AUGGCAGAUCCAAGGGCUGUUGUACCAUACCAUGACCCAUACGAUAGCGGUCCGUAUACAGAGAUCAUGAACUUGUUGAAUGAUUCUGAACAUCCAAGAAUUGAUGAGAAUAAUAUACGACCAUUGGAGGGAUCGCUCGCUUCCCCCAAUCCAACUCCUAUGUUUGAUGAAGAAAUUCAAGACGUUGAUGAGCCUUUAAUGGAUCAGGCAAUGUGGGAUUUCAUCUAUGGUUCUGAUAAUGGAGGAGAGGGUAUUAAUUCACAAGCGGGUCCUUCGCAGAUUUUCACAGAAUCGAGCGGUACUAAUCCCCCAAGAGGAGAUGGCAAUGAACAGAAUCAUCGUUUUGGCAACGUGAGGCCACUUUCAGUUUGGCCUCUGCCAUCAGACCCCAUUAACUGUACUUUUUGCCAAGUUUUUAGGGAAAUAGUACACUUCAAUAGCGACAACGUUAUGAAACUUGAAAUUCAUGGAAGACUCGGUGUAAUCUGUCACGCAAUUCUUCAGAGUCGGCCCAAUGCCAAUGUGAAUUCUUCUGGCAAUCAUCAAUAUCAAAUGCUUGAUUUUUGCAAGACACCAGGGGAGGAGGUGAAGCAAUUUCUGAUGCAGUACUGCUUAGAAAGAAAGCUAGAAGGGUACAUUAUGCAGCAAGAUCCAUUGACAUUCUUUUAUGAGGCACUCUGCGUUGGAGUGGAUUGGGAUGCCAUUCUGAACCCCACCGAUGACUUCGAUUUUCCACCAUCUCCACCGGAUUCAGGAACAGCAGGUGAUAUGGAAAAACCUGCUGCAGUUCAACCAGAGGCUGCCGAGCAUGAGAUUGAGACGAAUCCUAGGAUUUCCCUUGCAGAACAGAGGGAGAGAACAGCAAACAUGACAUUGGAUGAUCUUCGUGAUUACGUCCAUCUUCCCAUUGAAAAAGCUGCUCGGAGAUUGAAUGUCUGCCCAACUGUAGUCAAAAGAAUAUGCCGCCGGAAUGGAUUACGUAGAUGGCCUUCUAGAAAGAUUACAAGCAUUAAUAGGCAAAUUUCAAGGUUAAGACCAAGUUUAGAUUCAGAUGAUGCAGAGACAAGGGUGCAUGCUGAAGCUGAAAUCUCUAGGCUUGAAAGAGAAAUAGCUGAACUUGUCCCAUAA